AUAAAUAGCAGCAUCUUCAACAGAGGAGCAUCAUUCACUUCUACGCUUUGCAAGAACACAAGCAAAAAAAAACAACAAACCAAAAAUGAAAUCGUUCAUCGUUCUUGCUCUCUUUGUGGCCGUCGCCGUUGCCGCCCCGGCUAACCCUGACGCAGACGCCCAAAUCGUCAGCUAUAGGAGCGACAACAUUGGAGUCGACGGCUAUGGAUACGAGAUUGAGACCAGCAACGGUAUAAAGCAGUCAGAAUCUGGAACGUUGAAGAACGUCGGAACUGAGGACGAGGCUCUUGAAGUUCGCGGCCAGUACUCUUACCCCGGUCCCGACGGUGUUGCAUACCUCGUGGUCUACAUCGCCAACGAGAAGGGCUUCCAGCCCCAGGGUGCCCAUUUACCCACAGUCCCAUCCGCCUAAAUAAUCUUUAACUAACUGUAUUUCUAGUCCAAAAUACUCAUUCCUAACCCUUUCUCCCAUUUCCUCCUUGUUAAGAAUCAAUCGUUCAAGCGAUUCUGUGAUAUGAUCCCGAUUUUGUAUAUUUGUUAAUAAACAAUUACGUUUUAAAAUUU